GAGGGGAGGCACAGGAAGCAUGCUGGUGACGCUGCUGGUGGUGUACGUGUGUGCCCACCAGGAUAAUCACGAUUCUCUUAACCCACAAAUCACUGAAAUUCCAAGCACAAAGUAUUAUUUUUUUUCACCUUCACCACCCUCUACUUAUGGCACCACUACCACCACCACCACCACCACCACCACCACUCCCGACACCACCACCACCACCACCACUCCCGACACCACCACCACCACCACCACUCCCUCCGACACCACCACCACCACCACCACCACUCCCGACACCACCACCACCACCACCACUCCCUCCGACACCACCACCACCACCACUCCCUCCGACACCACCACCACCACCACCACCACCACUCCCGACACCACCACCACCACCACCACUCCCUCCGACACCACCACCACCACCACUCCCAACACCACCACCACCACCACCACCACCACCACUCCCUCCGACACCACCACCACCACCACUCCCGACACCACCACCACCACCACCACCACCACUGCCUCCGACACCACCACCACCACCACUCCCAACACCACCACCACCACCACCACCACUCCCUCCGACACCACCACCGCCACCACCACCAACACCACUCCCUCCGACACCACCACUGCCACCACCACCACUCCCUCCGACAUCACCACCGCCACCACCACCACUCCCUCCGACACCACCACCACCACUCCCUCCGACACCACCACCGCCACCACCACCACUGGCACCGACACCACCACCGCCACCACCACCACUGCCAACGACACCACCACCGCCACCACCACCACUCCCUCCGACACCACCACCGCCACCACCACUUCCUCCGACACCACCACCGCCACCACCACUGCCACCGACACCACCACCGCCACCACCACCACUGCCACCAACACCACCACCGCUACCACCACCACUCCCUCCGACACCACCACCGCCACCACCACUCCCUCCGACACCGCCACCGCCACCACCACUCCCUCCGACAACACCACCACCACCACUGCCAUCGACACCACCACCACCGCCCCUCCACGGACAGCAGAUGUCUCCAGUGGCGCCCAUACCACACCUGCCACCGCGUCCAGCAAACACAGAGGUAACAGUUACGCGAGUCAUUUUAGUUGACAGUACUCAUUUAUUUUCUGUUCUUGCGUGUGUUUCUUGAAGUUAUUCAAAUACGUACAUUAUUAUUAUUAUUUUUUUUUUUCAGUAGAUGUGAUAUUUUGAUAUACUGGAAUAAUAUGACAUGAUUCUAUAUUAAUUCAUUUUUGCAUCAUUAUUUUCACUUCGUUUCUUCAUUACAUUAGUAUUUCUUUCCUGCUUACCACGCAAUGCCUCACCUAUUUACUGUGUGUCAUAUAAUGCAAUAAUAUUAUGAUAUAUGACUAUGUUAAUCCAUCUGUGCAUAACUAUUUGUUCUUUUCUGUAUUACAUUAAUUCUUACCUUUCAUUACCUUACCUACUCUCUCUCUCUCUCUCUCUCUCUCUCUCUCUCUCUCUCUCUCUGUGUGUGUGUGUGUGUGUGUGUGUGUGUGUGUGUGUGUGUGUGUGUGUGUGUGUGUGUGUGUGUGUGUGUGUGCAAAGCUACGGUACGCACGCUAUGAAGUGUAUGUAUAUUGUAACAUGAGAGGAAAUGUUGGCAUGGAAGACUCUCGCACUGAGGCAGAGGGGCUGUGCUUCAGCUGAGCAGUGUGUGAUGCUGGAGAAAAGUUCGUCUUUCAUUUCUUUUUAUUUGAUUUAUCUAUUUAUUUAUCUAUCUAUCCAUUCAUCUAUCCAUCCACCUAUCUAUCUACUUAUUAUUAUACUACUACUACUGCUACUACUACUACUACUACUGCCACUACUACUACUUCUUUAUUUCAUCUUUUUAUUUUUAUUUUAUCUGGAGAGCAAUUUUUCCCACACGUCAGCUUCCAACUCUCUCCGCCUCACCGCGAGUUUCCUUCCCGCAUCUCCUCUCCUGUAUUCUGCAAUUGUUUGUAUUCAUCUACCUCUAUGUAAGUAAACCAAUUUGUAUAGUUUUGUAUAAUCCUUAGAUCGCGUGUAUAUGUACUAGUAAUUCUGGAUAUUGUAAUUAGAUCAUGUAUAUGUGACGUACUUAGAUCUAUCAUAUAUGUAUAGUUUUGUAUAAUUCUCAGCAUGUGUGUAUAUGUAUCAGUAAUGUUGUAUAUUUCAGUUAGAUCAUGCAUGUGUGACCUGUUUAGUUAGAUCUGUAUGUAAAGUUUUAUUAGAAUUUUUUGUCUAAAAUUUAUUAGUAUUUUCAUGUAUUGAUUUGUAAAUAGUUUUGUAUAACCUUAAUGAAUACAAAUAACGUAUAAGGAAUUAUUGUCCUUCACACUGCUUCCAUUAAAUAACUUAUAUA